CUUGCUGUGCUUCUUUAUCAGGUUCCUCUUAAAGUGGGCCGUGUGUGCUACUCCUCCUCAACGCCGACGACGGUUAAGCUUUUCAUCGAUGGGAAAUUUGUUGAAUCCAAGUCCUCAGAAUGGCUGGAUAUUCACAAUCCUAAAGAACUCGCCAAGUCUAUCACAGUCGAACAGGGCAAGACACUUGCAGAUGCGGAGGGGGAUGUGUUCAGAGGAUUGCAGGUUGUGGAGCAUACGUGCAGCGUCACCUCGCUGAUGCUUGGUGAGACUUUGCCCUCCAUCACCAAAGACAUGGACACUUACACCUACCGGAUGCCCAUCGGGGUGUGCGCCGGCAUCGCCCCCUUCAACUUCCCCGCCAUGAUCCCCUUGUGGAUGUUUCCCAUGGGGAUGGUCUGUGGCAACACCUAUCUGCUGAAACCUUCCGAGCGGGUCCCGACCUGCACCAUGCUGCUGGCCAAGAUGCUGCAGGACGCCGGCGCCCCGGACGGUUCCCUAAACAUUAUACAUGGUCAACAUGACGCUGUGAAUUUCAUCUGUGACCACCCGGCUAUCAGGGCCAUCAGCUUUGUGGGGUCCAAUCAAGCUGGAGAAUAUAUUUAUGAGAGGGGCUCCAAAAAUGGCAAAAGGGUUCAGUCCAACAUGGGCGCCAAGAACCAUGGUGUGGUGAUGCCCGAUGCCAACAAGGAGAACACUCUGAACCAGCUUGUGGGCGCAGCGUUCGGGGCGGCGGGGCAGCGCUGCAUGGCUCUGUCCACGGCCAUCCUGGUGGGCGAGGCGCGGAGCUGGCUGCCGGAGCUGGUGGAGCGUGCCAAGGGCCUGCGAGUGAACGCAGGUACCCCGUCAGACACGCCCUCCACCUUCGUCUCUCCCGAGCUGGUUCUCACAAAGGGCCGGGAUUUAGUCGUGUCGGUGGCCACCCACGCCGCCCUAACCUCACCUCUUGCUCUUGGAUUCAGCCGGGAGCGAGAGGUGGUUGAGUCAGUCAUGCUGCAAAUUUGUGGCCAGAACUGCGGAGAUGAGCCCGGCGCAGAUGUGGGGCCUCUGAUUUCCCCGCAGGCCAAGGAGAGAGUGUGCAGUCUGAUCCAGAGCGGUGUGGACGAGGGAGCAAAGCUGCUCCUGGAUGGCCGAAGCGUCAAGGUCAAGGGUUACGAGAACGGGAACUUUGUGGGGCCUACCAUCAUCGGCGGUGUCAGCCCUGACAUGAAGUGCUACACUGAGGAGAUCUUCGGACCAGUGCUGAUCGUUCUUGAGGCAGACUCUCUCGAUGACGCCAUCCAUUUGGUCAACAAUAACCCUUAUGGCAACGGCACAGCCAUCUUCACCACAAAUGGUGCCACAGCACGCAAAUACACUCACGAAGUGGACGUGGGCCAGGUUGGAGUCAACGUACCCAUCCCUGUACCUCUGCCAAUGUUCUCCUUCACCGGCUCAAGAGGAUCUUUCAGAGGAGACAUGAACUUCUACGGGAAACAAGGAAUACAGUUCUACACUCAAAUCAAAACUGUCACCUCACAGUGGAAAGCUGAAGAUGCCACCUUGAAAAGUCCUGCUGUUACCAUGCCAACAAUGGGACGAUAA